AUGUAUGCUACCCCCCAGAUAAUGGAUGAUACCCCUCAAAUCCAGGCGGUGGGGGAAGGUUCCGACAUGAUGUCAACCACCAGCAACCAGGCUGGUACCACCCAUUACUAUCAUCAUCACACCCAUUCGUCCUUGGUGGAUGAAUGCAACGACCAUCCACACAAGCAGAAGAAGAGAUCCCAACGUAGUCUACAAGUAGGAGGCCACCAGACAUCCGAAGCUAGCUUUAUGGAACGCAGCGCCAUUCGCACGGUGGAUGUCACCGAACCGGCUCGAGCCACCCGCGAGGGCCACCUCAUGUCCCUGCUGCCAUUAUCUCGUCGCAACCGCGAGACGGGAGAGCGGGAAUUGAUAGAGUUUCGAGUCUAUGUGGAGCUCAGUGCGUUCUUGGCGUUCAAGCACGUUCAGCAUCGCAGUGGUUCGGUCCUGGACGAUCUUCCUCGCAUGAUGGAAGGAUGCGACUUUACGUGGACCUACAAACAUCAUGAUACCAACUUUUCUCCGUUGCAAGCCGCCACGGUCUUGUUCGAAAACAAUGUUGGAAGGACGACGUCGACCGGCUCUAAAUCGACGAUACCAACAACAACAACCAGCUAUACUACUACUACUACAACUUCAGUAAUAAGUGAAUCAGAAGGCGCCACACUACCACCACCCCCGCUACAAGAUACCUCUGCUGGAGAAGAUGAGAUUCCGGUUUUUGAACUGGACGAGGGGGGUAUUGUCACCAACAUUUCUGCCUCGGCCCAAUUCGACGACGACGAGAUUAUACCACAAGAAGAAGACGACGAGAAUAUAACAAUGGCCUCCCUUUCCCUGUUUAACUUUACUACCUCGGAUCACUCGGAUCCGAGCAGCAAUGCUACUACGACUCGUCGUCGACUGAACGAUGACGAUCACGACGAUGACUUUCAAGCCCGGUCACAUUCAGACAGCAGCAGCAACAAUAACAAUCCACAACCCUUUGCCAUUCUAGGAGCAGCACGGUCGGUCGUAUCCCAAACGGUGGGGACCUUGGCCAGUGCCUUGGAUUUGCCGCAGAUAUCCUCCAGUUCCACAUCGUCCAGUCUGGAUACCCUCUCUCAUUUUGCACGCACGGUACCCACCAACGCUGGUGAUGCCCAUGCCGCUGUGGCCUAUCUGCAUCAUUUAAAUGUCACCAAUCUCGGUGUCUUGGUCAUCAAGAAUAUAUGGGGACGACGGUACGAAACCGAAUUGACCCAUCAUGCCAAACGGUACAACAUUUCCGUUCAUUCCGUGGCAUACAAUGACGAAGACGAGAAUCUCGAAUUGGCCAUGCAACAAUUGCAAAAUUCCAAGCUCCGCUAUUUCAUGGGAAUCAUCAAUCCGUCCGGGUGGAAACCAGUCGUUCGCAAGGCAUACGAGUACGGGCUCAUGGGACGCGUCGGGUACCAAUGGUAUCUAGCCGAUACCGUCGAACUCGUGGGGGACACAUUUGCGUUGGAUCGCAACACCGAAUGGGAUUUGGCACAGGCAUUGCAUGGGGUCGGUGUCAUCUUUUUGCAGCUGGCACCCCAUCGAGCCUUUGAUCGAGCAUUGACCGUGUUUGCCGACAAUCGGCAAAUGCAACAAGAAUUCGUUGCCAGCCAUGCCGAACCAGAACUAUUGGAGGGAUUCGAAUUCAAGCUAUUUCCCGGGCGCUCCUUGUUCCAAUACUUGACCUACGAUGCCGUGAUUGCGCUGGGGCUCGCUGCGUGUGCCACACCGGGGCACUUUACCGGACAGGAAUUUUACAAUCAGUUGCUGCAGGUCGAUUUUGAAGGGGUUUCGGGACGCGUCCGAUUGCACAAUAAAACCGGCACUCGGUUGGGGGAAGGCAUGGACUAUCAAGUCUUUAAUUUGAUAUUGUCCGACUAUGACACGCAAGCUGCCAAACCAACCGUCACGUUACCAUCGGACCAAGUGACGUUUCGUGCCAGUCCUUCCAUUACGGUGGACCUGUCUCCCGCGCUGGGGCAGGGAGUAUCGGAAGCUCUUCCCAUUAUCGAAAUCCAUGAACCAUUCAUUUACCACGACAAUUCAACUCUUCCGCCCCUCGUCUUGCCCCCUCUCGAGAUUGAAAUGAAUCUGAUUCCAACGGGAGUUCAGGUUUUUGGACUCUGUUUGGCCGCCCUUGUGAUGCUCCUGUCCAUUGGCUGCGCUGUUUGGACCUACACUUACCGAAGUGCCUACGUCAUUCGCGCGGCACAGCCGAUUUUCCUGGGUCUCAUGUGCUUGGGAACCUUUAUUCUCGCUUGCACCAUCAUUCCAUUAUCGUUCCAAGAGGAUCUUUCAGGCUUGAAUGGGGCUUGUAUGACCAUUCCAUGGCUCUUCUGUGUUGGAUUCACGGUCGCUAUUGCUGCCCUGUUCUCCAAGGCGCACCGGAUCAAUAAGCUUAUGCGAUCGGGAAGUCAGUUGCGCCGAGUGAAAGUGAAACCAAAAGAUGUCAUCAGGCCGUUUGUGAUCCUCAUCAGCAUCAACCUGAUAUUGCUGACGGCGUGGACGGCUUCUCCCUACAGGCUCCAGUGGCAUCGACAACCCAUGGACAAUUAUGACAGGUUUGGGCGGAGCGUAGAAUCCUAUGGGGGUUGUCGCGCAGAAGGAGGCCUCCUGUACUUGAUAUUCUUAGUGCCACUGGCCCUUGCCAACGUUGCAGUUUUGUUGAUUACCACGGUGGAAAGUUGGAGGGGCCGAAAACUGCCUUCGCAGUUUUCAGAGAGCAAAUUUGUGCUUGUGUCCUUGAUCAGUCUCUGUGAGACGUUUGCUCUAGGAGCUACAACAUUGCUUGCCGUAUUGGACAACCCAACAGCCCGCUUCGUCGUCAUGUCACUCGUAUUGACCAUCGCCAGCUGCGCCAUCUUGAUACCGUUGUUCCUUCCAAAAUACUUCCAACGAAAUGUGGUCGAAUCAGUCGGUCGCAAAUCAUCUGGCGUGUCCAAUUACGCUGGCAUGAGCAAAUACGAUUUCCGGGAACCACCCUCCGAUCCGAUGCAACCCGCACCGCGGUUGUCAGGACUCAGCCAAGACGAGAGUAUCACUGAUCUUGGGGCAUUAUCUGGCGGGAAGGAAUUGGCGAGGAGUAACCACGACAGCCAUGGACCGUUUGAUGAUUCAAAAUCAUUUGAUAGCUCGAUGGGGUCCUUCUUCAAGACACCCUCUGUACAGCAACUGCAGUACCUUCACAAGAAUAUGAAUGCGAGCAUCCAAAACAUGAACCAGUCCGUCAAUCAAGGCAUCAAAGACAUCCAGAACAGUGCCUUUUUUGCAUCCGAACCAAUGCCCAUCAAGCGCACAUCCAUUGAUGGUUCCGUGGCGAGUGGAAGGGCAAGUGCCGGAUCCACUGGAAGCCUCGGCAAUGGCAAUGGAUCCAACGUGGCCACGAACAUUGCCAACGGCAUUGGCUCGGGGAUUGCUUCCGGCCUGGCCACGGGUGUCAAUAUUGGUUCGGGGAUUGCCUGCGGGAUGGCGUCGGGCGUGAGGGUGGUGGCCAACCCGGCCCAACGAAGUAUUUCGAAAGCGGCGCUGAUUGCCACUGCAACGUUGCACAAACUAGAGAAUGCUCCCAACCUGUCCAGCUCCCAACUCUUCAAACUCAAUAAGGAAGAGUCCAAACGCAAGAUGCUGAGCACCCUGUCGGAGCAUAUGAGUUACGAGGAGGGCAGGACUAGCAGUCACUUGGACCCUACAUCAUCACAUGCGCUGUCGUCGUCGCAUCGAGAGGAUGACUCGGAAAGUCCCUCCUUUGCAGGGAAUGACGACGAGUCGGAAACCCCGCGUGUGUUUUAA